AUGUCGUCUCUUUCUGAAGAUGCGAAGCCCUUCCUACCGAGCGAAAGUGGCGAUUCCAGUUUCGACUUAGCCCCGGCUGAGAGACCGAGACUGCGGCAAGACCGAUCGACCGAGCCCCGCUGGCGAAGGAGACUCUGGAUCAGCCAUGUUAUCCUCUUGGGAUUCAAUGUUGCGUUCCUCAUCUACAACAUCAGUGAUGUUGGGAAACACGUCGGGCCAGAGGCGGCAGUGCUCGAAAGAGCCUACUCACCGGCACAGAUGGCUAUUAGUUAUACAGUCAAGGAGGAAGCCCCUAUGUUGCCCGACAACGUUCUCACCGGUCCACCCGGCCCCGAGGCUGACAAGGCGUGGGAAGAACUUGAGAAACCAUUCAUGCUCAGGUUCUCCGAAGACGAGAUGAACAGAAUGCAAAAGACCUCGCUCGCUCUCAAAGACGGAAGCGGGUACAUCGGUUAUUUGGAGUCUUUCCACAUGUUGCAUUGUGUUAAUAGCCUCAUCUUCUUCACUGUCGCGUUACUGACAGGUCAACAGAAGAGUGCUUGGAAGUCCCAAUACAUGGAUCACUAUGGCAGUGGACAUUCGACCAAGCCCGGUCAUCUAGCUCAUUGUCUAAACGUACUCAUCCAAGGUAUCAUGUGCAACGCAGACACAUCGAUCGGAACAUAUCAUUGGAAAGAAGGGGGGACUAUCAAGGGCAAGGAGAUGAUGGACAUUGAGGCUAACAGGACCGGACAUCGCCAGUGCACCGACUUUAGCAAGCUCCAAGCUUGGGCUACUAAGCGAACUCUUGACUUUGAUGUCCACGAUACUGACAAGUUUCUGCGUACCUUGAAGCCGGAACACUAG